CUACACUUGCCCGUCAUGGCUGCCGUGCUACCCGUGCGCGACCUUCCCGCCGUUAACCCCUCGUCGUUCCACCGUAUCCUCCUUACAGAAGCAGACUCCCGUUAUCCAUCCCCGAGAGCUUCUACGCUUCCUUCAGAACGAUCCCGGGAACCCACGGAUACCCAAAGAGGGACCAGAGAGCCUCAGCAUUCAGCAACCGCUCCGCCGGAUGCUCAAAUGCAGUUUGCCGAGUCUUCUCGAAACGUGGCUUCUGCGUCACCUGCAAACCAACGAGACGUCGAGUCGUUCGACGAGAGUAAACUUUCCACUGCACCGUCUAGCGUUUCUGUAGACGUCCGUGUAGGUCUCGUCGAUCGAGCACAAAGAGGAGUCUCUGGGCAGUCUCAACUGUCCCCAGAAAUCCUCUCCCCACUUUCUGCGGCAUCACCUCGUCAUCCUGCUUUGGGCUCUGGCUCGUCGAGCAAACCAUUAAAUCCCGUUUACAUUCCUCCGCCCAUCAUGCCGCUCUCCGCUUCUCCCGGCUACUCUCCUCCGGUUUCUGCCAAUCCACGCGCAUAUGCCCAGCAGCCGACGUACAUAACCCCAACCUCCCCCCAGAAUCCAAUAGGUCUUUCGUCACCACCUCAAGAAGAAGUCUGCGUCGAAUGUGCCAUGCGCGACCAAGACAUGAUUGACGUCGAUGUGACUUCGCCCGGAAUUUGGGAACGCGAGAGCGAUGUCGCUUUCAACGACCUUCUGCGAAGAGAGCUGGAAGACGAAGCCAAUGGGAUUGUCGUCGAGGACUCGCCCAAGAGACCUCGUGCCCGGGGCGGUCGUCUCACGGAAGACAAUCUUCGUUUGUGGUUGAGCAUCAAUCCCCGAGAACCAGCCUCUAAGCAGCAAACGCUGAAGAGCUACAUCAAGUCACAGCGAACGUUGUUGGAAGCAGAGGCUCUGGCCCGUGCCCGUGCAAUGCAGGAGGCCAAGCAGCUGGACAACCGGAUGCGAGAUACAUAUUCACAACUCCGACGAUCUGCCUAUGACACUGGGGCCAACUCUGGUCCGGUCGACGACUUUGGCGGGGUUCGCAUCAAGUCACCUCAGUCGCCAACAUCGAUCCACCAUCCCCGCUCUCAAUCGCGAGAAGUCACGCUUCUGGAGAACGGUAUGAUUGUCGAGCACGUGGAUGUUCGUAAGGAAGAAAAGGAGGCAAAAGAGCGUCGGAGAAAGGAAGAAAGGCGGGCUCGCAAGUCUUCUCGAGGGUCCGUCAUCGAUGUCAACUCCAUCAUUUCCGCCCAAAGUUACAGUCCGAAUGACACUGGCCCCGGACUGUUGCCUUAUUCCCGGUACUCGCAGGCCAGCUCUGCUCGGCCAACGAGCGUGCUGACCGCACCGCUGGACCGAACAGAUCUUCCCAGGGCUUAUUCGCAAGCCUCGUUCUCCGAUGUGCAUAGUCUAGGUUCACCGUCUCCGCGACGCAGCCGGUUCUUUGGAAUGAAGAAUUUGAGUGCUGGAUGGAUGAGCCAGGACAGCCUGGCUCCAUCCGGUUUUUCAGGAAGUAUGAUGGACAUGCAUGUGGCGCUCCAGAACGAAGCUCAGAGACCUCACGCCACUUCACCGAUCGACGGGAACGCUCGCCGUAGCCAGCUCUGGCCGUCUGGAGAGGAAACAGUAAAGAAAAAGAAGAAGAAGGGUCUCGCCAAAAUCUGGGGGCUGGUCACUGGGUCGUCGAAGCAAAACAACACGAGUGCAUCUGCUGCCAGAGAGCCGUCGUCGUCGUACGAUGGACCGGAAGACGACGGUCCGUUGGCCCCGCCGCCACCGUUAUCUUAUCUGGUCAACCGGGGCCGGUCAGGUGAUGGAGCCAAUGGCAGACAUUCCUCUACGCCUUCACUGACGCUGACCUCGCUUGCGUCGCCUGCGGGUGCGUCGCCUUCCACCAACAUCUUCCCCUCUCCAUCGUCUUCACGUGAUCCGGGCACAGACGUCACCCUGUCCAACGAUGAGCUCGAGGAGGUCUCAAGAAACUCGCCGGCUGAGGCAGAGACCAGACGUGGCCCUAGACCCGAUUCUGUUAUGUCGUUCCGCGACAAAUCGCUUCCUCCGCUGCCCAUGGAAGCGUUCACGUCUACACCUGACGGUCGACCUCACACGGUAGUGGUCCCGGAUUUCAUGCCGCCCAGUGCGCCGUUCAGGACUGUAGAAAUGCGGCGCCAGUCGUUCGGUGGCUUGGCAUCGAGGCCUGUUCUCGGCUCCCAGGCGCUCCCGACGACCCAACCUGUUGCUUUUGAUCAGCGCCGGCCGUUCGGGGCUCGAUACGACGAGUAUGGUCUGUCGCGACGGUCUCUGGGUCGAUUGGACAACGUACAGGAGAUUCGGCCGACAAGGACAUCUGCGCCCAGCAACAUGAAGAGGCGCAGUCGCUUUGGACUGUCCUCUCUGCUGGGCAAGAAGCAGACCAAGGACGACACGCCAGAGGAGACCCACCGCUUCCCCCCUCUCCGCCGCUCCGGCUCUGACGGUCCAGAAGACUUGACCACCGGCUACGCAACUUCGACGUCUAGACACAGCGCCUUCAGUCUCGGUGGUCGUGGCCCCCGCAUUUCCGUGACCUCGCGGAAAGCCAUCGAGGAGCUGGUAUCUCAGGAUGCCCAGUUUGUUGCCUACCGCUACCCGUCCAACGACCAGCAUCUGGAUAUUUUGAGAUAAUCGAGGAUAACAGUGCAUCUACGACGGAAGUCUCUUUCUUACACGCUCAGUCAUUGCUUACAUUACACACACACACUCACACACACACUCACACUCAUUCGCUUUGUUUUUGGCAUGGUAUUGGAUAAUUAAUUGAAUCAGUACAGCCCGUCGCACGAGCACGUGAUUAUCAUCGUCACUCAUCCCCGUUUCCUACGACUGCCGUUCUCUACUUCUCUUUGUCUGAGAUCCAUUCAAUGGCACCGCGCGGUCUUUCUGCAGAAGAGAAACGCGUCAAGCUCCUCGAGAUUUUUCAUGAAAGUAAAGACUUUUAUCAGCUCAAGGAACUAGAGAAGCUUGGACCAAAGCUCAAGGGAAUCGUCUCGCAGUCGGUGAAAGAGGUGUUGCAAACGCUCGUUGACGAUGGCUUGGUCCAGGCAGAUAAAAUUGGCUCUUCUAAUUUUUUCUGGAGCUUUCCUUCGCAACGGGGUGCCAUUGUCCAAGAGCGAGCGAGAAUCCAGGACGAGACGCGAAAAGGAUACGAGACACAAAAAACCGAUCUCAAGAGACAGAUAGAGACAGAGAAGGCAGCGAGAAUAGACAAUCCUCAUCGCAGGGAGAGGCUAGAAUCACUGGCUAAGCUGAAACAGAGACACGUAGAGUUGCUGGAUGAACUUGCGGCAUACGGUGCUUGUGAUCCAGUCAAAGUAGAGGAGACUCGACGGGCAGUGACACUAGCAAAAGAAGCGGCCAUCCGCUGGACAGACAACUACAGCAUGCUCUUAUCCCAUUUCACCCGACAACACGGUGUAGAUGCCCAAGAAAUUCGUCGGCAUCUCGGUGUAGACGACGAGUAUGAAGAUGUCUGCUGAGGGGACCAUGUGGAAAGAUAUUCGUAUUUGACAGAUAGAAUCGCUCGAUUCGCUCCCGCCGUCAGCUAAGAUUGAAAGACUGCGCAAGGCGGCCGGUAAAGGUUGACAAUUCGAGUAACACGGGCCUUGUGAACAAAUGGAACGAGAAGACAAAGAUGUUGACAUCAGUAUUGAGUUCCGGCCCGGACCGGAUGCUUCGAGUUGCCGCUUCGUUCGGGACAGGCCAGCACCCAACCCCGCCCCGUCAUGUCCAGCCCCAACUCAGUAUCCAAUGGCUCAGAAAAUGGGUCGAAUCUCAAACGCAGACGAGUGGAGGAUGCUCAAAACUCUCAUAUUCCUAAGCGGGGGGCACGUGCCUGCACGGCCUGCCGCAAGGGCAAGAACCGAUGUGAAGGGUUUGGCGAGAACGAGGGCCCGUGUCGUCGAUGCCAGCUCAGCAAUACUCCAUGCGUAUUCGAGAAACCCGAGAAAACGAAAAGCGCUCCCGUCAUGGCGACGCCUGGUGUCGAGCGUUUGUCUCGACUUGAGGGACAAUAUCUUGUCAUGCAAAGCCAGAUGAUUGGCAUGCAAUCUUCUUUAGAUCGCAUAUUGCUUGCCGUACAAGGCCAGGCGCAAGGGCAAACCCAACCAACACCGUCUGUCUUUCCGGGCCGGAACGGGUUCGACAGUCCUUCGAGCGGCGCAUCUGCAUCUCAACGCCGCGCGUUUCCCCCGCUUCCUGGAUUUGCCCCACCUCCGCACAAAUAUGCAACGUACGGGAUUGUGCCGAGCACAGCUCCAUCCUCUGAAGAUGAAUCCGAAGACACGCUGCCUCGGUCCACGUUGAACGCGCCCAUUGAAGCUCUGCAAGGGCUAGCGAAUGCGGCGGCUGAAGCAGCGGCUGUGCCAUCGACGUCGACACCGCGAGUGAAAAAACGCAAGCGCGCCGAGCCCAUACCGCGGAAUGCGUUCCCCCAUGUGGUUGAGAAGGGUUUGGUGUCCGAUACAGAAGCGAGGGAAUUAUACAACAUUUUCUUUGCGGGAUGCCAUCUGUUCAUUCCACUAUUCGAUCCGUCGUAUGACACCUACGAGAGCUUGAUGGAGCGCAGUCCAUGGACUUUCGACGCAAUUCUCGCUGUCGCUGGGAAGAUUCGCAGUGGAAAUGGACCACUCAGCCCGACCUUCUACAGAUGUCUCGAGGAAGCGCAAGGAAUUGCACGGUCCUCUCUUUUUGGUCCCGUAGUGCGAAAAGAGGCCGUUCAAGGCAUGUUGCUCCUUGCAGCUUGGAGCACCAACGGAUGGCUGCCGAGUGGACAUGCCAUGAGAAUGGCUCUCGACCUAGGCCUGCAUCGAGCGCUGGAAAAGCUGGCGGAUGAGUCAGGAAAGCAGCGCACCGAGGAGGAAGAAAGAAACCUUGUUGUGUCGGCAAGGAUAUGGCUUUGUCUGUAUUGGAUGAGCUUGGGAACGGGCCGGCCAAUCGUUCUCCGGGACGAGAACUCGAUUCGUCACUGCCGCCUGUUGCUCACGCAUCCCAUGGCAUCACCAACCGAUGUCAGACUCAUUGCACAGGUCGAGUUGAUUGGUCAGAAGACUCAGAUCUACGAAACGCUUGCCCCGUUGAACGGCCAGGUUAACCACAGUACCCUGGCCUUCAUCCGGCGGGCCAAUGUCGCGCUCGACAAAUGGUGGACGGAUUGCGAUGAGCUCCAUCGGCAAACCAUGGAUGAGAACUCGCUGUUGCGCAAAGUUUUGGCUGGCGAGCUGCACUACGCCAAGUUGUGGUUGGUUUGCGUCGCUCUCCGCGGCGUCGCGUGGGACAAGAUGCCGUUCGAGCAACGGGAGCUGGCAUUCCAGGCAAAGGAUGCUGCUUUCACUUGUCUCUCUAUAUUCCUCAAUUCUCCCGAGUAUCGCGCUGCUCUGCGUUAUGCUGUACAUGAUAGCUUGGUCACAGCUGCCUUCUCUGGGCUCUUUCUGUUGAAAAUGGCCAGCUUGUUUCCGACGGAGCUCGACCUCUCAGCGAUAUCUGCUCAAGUAGAACAACUGGCUCAGUUAUUGAGUGAUGUGGCUGCUGAACGCUAUGCUCUCACCCUGCGCAUCAUGCUCGCCAACCUUCGGCGUAAAGUUGGCAUGGGCAGUGGCAUUAGCACUCCGGUGCCGACUAUGCCUCCGCCUCCUUUGUUGGCUGACGGGCGGUUCAUUGUGUCUCCGACGACGGCAUUUUCCGAUCCCACGAUGCCUCCGCCGUUUACGCUGGAGGAACUGGGCUUCAACUGGCCUGCGGAUCGCGGAAUCUUCAGCCCUUCGGCGAUUCCCGUGUGGCUCCAGGAACAGAGCCUCACGGACCUUGGCCUACCUCAAAACGGAAGUGACGGUGUGUUCCUCCAGCUCACCGGUACCAACGGAUGGACCGGCGACCUCACAGGUAUGCCCGAAGCCUGCCAACCCAUUGGCAGACGCGUUUUCACUGGGAGCGAUGACCAACUUAUACGGAUAUGGGACAUGGAGAACCUCGGAUCCGAAGCAGAAUCCACCGGACUCAUGGCAGAAGCGAACAAAGCAAUCACCUCUCUAUCUAUCUCUGACAAAUUCCUGAUUUCUACGAGUGAAGACGCGGAGGUUAGGCGGUACAGCAUCGCGGGAAAUCACCUUGGGCUCAUCACGAAUACGGCAUGCCCAGCCUGGUGUGCUGCUAUAGACCCGCGGGGGAAAUUCGUGGCUGUUGCAUCCGACGAACCUACCGUGCGAUUGAUCGACACAGACGACGUUUCGAACGUUCGUCUACUCGCAGGACAUGAGCGUGGUGUCCGAAAUGUGACUUGGCAUCCCAAGUCGACGCUACUCGCGGCAAGCGGCUGGGACGGCAAUCUCACGCUAUGGGAUGUUUCGGAGGAUCCGCCGCAGAAGGUGGCGACUGUGGACCAUCUACUGCCGCCAUUCAAAGAUUCAGUAGUAACGAAGGGCUACAACUAUGGUGCUGUGUGGCAUCCCACAGGAGAAUACUUCUUUGUCCUUUCCAAAGCCUAUGGGGUUGUCACUGUUUCGAAGCGACUGGGCUGGAAGAAAGACAGAGAAUUCUCGGGGUCAGACGGACCUACGACUGCUAUCUCAGUGUCGCCAAAUGGGUUGUAUCUGGCAUCUGCGUCCAAGAGCCAAGUGCAGAUAUGGGAUAUCAAGCAGGGCAAAGUCAUCACAUCGCAUGGUAAUCAGUGCGACGAUGAGGAUACGUCAGUCCCAGCGCUUGCCUUUUCCCCCACGGCCAAUACAGUCGCUUGGACCACGACUGGUGGCAAAUUGAUGAGAUGGACGGACGCUAUUCCGCCAAGCUUCCCUGAUCCAUUCACGCAUGUGGAUGCAACGGCAGCUCUCACGGCGAUCCUUCCACACAAAGAGGAUGAUCUGGACGAUUUGCUUGGCGAUAGUGGGUUCGAGGAUCUGGACGUUGAAGAGCAGGAACAGCCGGAAGAUGAUGUCCACGGGUGGAUAGACGAGGACGAAGAUCUCGGGCUGGACAAAAACGAUGGCAUGGUGCGAGAGAUGGUGAGUAUCACCAAGGCACAACCGGCAUUUCAGCCAGGAGCCGCCAAUCUCUCCCCCACAAAACGUUUGCUGGCCUAUAACAAGAUAGGAUGGAUCGAGGUCACUGUGAUAGCGGACCAAGUUUACCAUAUGCUGGAUGUCAAACUUCAUGACAAGUCCAGGAGGGCGGACAUGUCCUUCCGGGACGACUACAAGUAUCAUCUCGGUUAUCUUGGCGAACGGGGAGCUCUAUUGGCUUGUUCAGAGUCAGAAAGCAGUCCCGCACAAGUCCAUUACCGGCCGUUCCAUCCAAGCACCCAAAUUCAAUGGACAUACAGCCUCCGUCCUCAGACCAGGGUUCUCGGCAUCGCGGCUGGAGGCGUCCCGCCCACGGCCGGAUCAGAUGAUAUGGAUGAGACGGACCUGAAUGGCUUUGGCAAUGUCGUUGUCGCCACGUCUGAGGGUGACCUGACGUUUUUGAGCGGCACUGGCCGGGAAAGGCGUGUACUUGGACUGGGUGGUGACUUUGUGGCCAUGGUCGCGGGUGACGAAUGGGUGUUUGUUGUGCAUCGAGCUGGCUCGACGACUAUCGAUGGUUCUCAGAAUCUGUCUUACUCGCUGUUCAACUUUGAGGAUUUCAGUGUGCGCCAGCGCGACUUUCUUCCGAUUCCGAAAGGGCACCAAUUAACCUGGGUUGGCGUGAGCGAGGAAGGGGCGCCUUCGAUGUUCGAUACGACGGGGCGGCUCCAUGUGCUGGUGAAGCACCGAAUACCUCAUCAUGCAUCCUGGGUCAGGGUGAUGGACACGAAGAUCGCGAGCACUGAAUUCAAGGGCACAUAUUGGCCGAUUGCUGUCUACGGCACGACAUUCAUGUGUUUCCUUCUCGGUGGGUCAAAAACGCUUGGGUAUCCUCUGCCACCGUUCCAGGAUAUACCAAUGCAGAUGCCCUUCAGAAGCCAGGACCCGGCCGACGAGCGAUUGGAAAUGGACGCGCUCAUGAUCGAGCUGAAGAGAGACGCGUUGGACGAAGAAUUGACGAGCGAGGAUAUCACCAAGAGGGAGCAGGCCAUGGACAAACAGCUGGUGCUGCUGAUCCAAAAUGCCUGCAAGCUCAAUCAGGUCCCUCGGGCGAUCGAACUAGCCAAGUUGAUUCAAAACCCUCGUUUCCUCGACAUGGUGAUCAAGGUGGCUGAGUUCUACCGCUUCACAGCUAUGAUAGAGAAAGUCCGUGUGCUCAAGACCGCCCGCGAGCAGAGCGAAGAUCGCCUCGUUCUCGCUCGGGAGAAACGCAGACAGUGGACGCGGCCAGACCCGGUGCCCUACUAUCUCGCCCCAAAAGCAGAGAGUGAUCCCCCGCGGCCUAAGGCGUUCCAAGACUUUGGGCCGCCUCCGACUGUAUCUCGACCCGGACUGGCACCGGCCACAGUGGCGGUCGAAACGACACGCUACCCGUCAAGCUCAGAGCCGCGGAUGCCGCCUCCCGCCAUUCCGCCACCCGAAACCAAGCGCAAGAGAGAUGAGAAUGAGGAGGAGAGCUCCGCUUCCACCGAUUUCAUCGCUCCGCCUCCCAAACAGAAAACGAAUCCAUUCGCCCGAAAAUCGGGGCAAGAGGAUGGCCGGAAUCCGUUUGCGCGAAAGGGCGAAGCCGCCAAGACGAUACGCAAGAGCGAGAGCUUCUUUGAGAAAGUAGAUGCCGCGGAAGAUGCACCGCGGACAAAGCGGCCGCCGAAAGACAAGAAAGAUGGACCCAAACAGGCGACGCUGUUCAGCAUGAUGGGAAGUUCUGCGAAAAAGAGCCGAUUACCAGUGUCCAGCCAGGUGACCGAAAGCGACAUCACAAUGUCAGACGUCACGACGGUCGACAGCCAGACGGAGUUGCCAGAAGACUGGGAAGAAACGCAACCGCUAGAAACACAGGUGGAACCAAUCUGAUUACGUCUAUCCUCCCCUCUCUUCG